UCUCAUUUUCAUCCAAAUUGAAAUCACUCACUUACUUCACUCUAUCAUUCACCAUCAUCAACAACAAGAACAUUGAACAUUCAGAUAUAUACAAGUUUAUAUGACACAGAAAAUGUGGCCUUUAAGCUCUGAAAAGAACAGCAGCAUGAAGAUGCAGAAUGAAUCUGGCACCUCCACCAGCGCCGCCGCCGCCACCACCACCACCACCACUGUGGCAGCGAAAUCCAUGGUUUCGGCAUGCUACUGUUGUUGUUUGGUGACGAAACUGAUGAGGAAACUGAAGAGGCGAGGGCGCACACUGCGACCGAGAAGUGCGAGUCGACAAGGUUCGUUCCAAUGCCGCUACGAUCCGUUGAGCUAUUCCUUGAACUUUGAUUCCACUGGAUGUGGCAGCUUAAUGGAUGAAGAUUACUACAAGUUCUACGCUUUCUCUUCCAGGUUCGUGGGAACUCCAAGAACAACUUCUUCAUGCCCCGUUCUUCAUCUACAAUCUGGGAACUCCCAUUAACCGCCACAAUCAAUCUCUUCACUUUUUUUUUUUCUUUCUCAAACCCUCUUUCCAAUGAUAACGAUGGGUAUUGUAGGGAUCUAAAUUCUAAUGUCUAUGAGCUUUGUUCGUAAAUGAUAUCAGUUAUCUUA